AUGGGUUAUAUCCCAGGCUGGUCCGGUCCUGCCCAGACUCCAGUAGAGGUGGACCUGGACGUCAUAGAGGAAUACCUGCAGGAACACUCUCUGGACGUCCAACACACUCCUCCGACGCCUCCUGCCACGCCCGCUCAGCAAACACACCAGCACCAGGAGACCAGCAUCAUAGAGAACAGCUGGUCUGGUCAGUAUGCCUACCAGUGGCAUUAUGACUACAGUUCUCCUCAUAAGGACUAUGAAAAACAGGCUCCGCCCACAGAAUGGCCUCGUCUUCAUGGCAACCACUGGGAGCACGGUACCUAUUCCAAUGAGACAACUCCCUGCAGUGAGUCAGACUCCACCAGCUCCAUCUGUCUAGACUACGCUCCAUCCUCUCCCUCCGACCCUCUCGCCCCAGCUGAGAGGAGAGGCAGGAAGACGAGCGAAAUACUGCCCCUCACAUCACACUCAGGAAAGAAGAAGGAGCGUCUGUUCCACUUCCUGUUUGAGAUGCUUCAGACCCCCUCCAUGCGGAGCUGCAUCUGGUGGGUACAGUCCUGCUCCGGCACCUUCCAGUUCUCCUCCCAGAACAAGGAACGUCUGGCCCAGCUGUGGGGCCGCAGGAAGGGCAAUCGUAAGACCAUGACAUACCAGAAGAUGGCUCGGGCACUCAGAAACUACAGCAGAACAGGAGAGAUAUGUAAGGUGAAGAGGAAGCUCACAUACCAGUUUAGUGAGGGAACACUGAGGGGACUGCAGGGAGCAUGUUAGGGAGGGCGAGUAGGAGGAACAUAUGCUAGCACAGUUACCUGGCAGGGCACAAAGAUAAAUACUGAGUAUUUGUAGGACGAGGAAGGGGAAGAGGAGGAGCAAGAGGAAGAGGAGGAGGAGCAGGGGGAGGAAGAGGAGCAGGAGAAGCAGGAGGGAAGAGGAGCAGGAGGAAGAGUAUGAAGAGGGAGAGGAGGAGGAAGAAGAGCAGGAGGAGGAGGAAGAAGAGGGUGAGGAGCAACAUCACCCUAACCCUUAACUCUUGGCUUCAACAUAUAGACACCGUGUAGAAGGUAGGACAAGGGCCUUCAACAUGUAGAAGGUAGGACAAGGGCCUUCAACAUGUAGAAGCUAGGACAAGGGUCUUCAACAUGUAGAAGCUAGGACAAGGGUUUUCAACAUGUAGAAGGUAGGACAAGGGUCUUCAACAUGUAGAAGCUAGGGACAAGGGUCUUCAACAUGUAGAAGGUAGGGACAAGGGUCUUCAACAUGUAGAAGGUAGGACAAGGGUCUUCAACAUGUAGAAGGUAGGACAAGGGUCUUCAACAUGUAGACACCGUGUAGAAGGUAGGGACAAGGGUCUUCAACAUGUAGAAGGUAGGACAAGGGUUUUCAACAUGUAGAAGGUAGGACAAGGGUCUUCAACAUGUAGAAGCUAGGACAAGGGUUUUCAACAUGUAGAAGGUAGGACAAGGGUUUUCAGGGGGUACAGAAAGGGCAAGCCUUUGAACAUUGGCUUUGAACAUUAUUUGUAAAUCUGAGGAUUGUCAUUAUAUGAAAACUACUUCAUAAGUAGAGUUUGAAUGAAUCUCGAAUGGCACUGAUUAUUUUAUACACCUAAUGAAGAAAAUGUUGGAUCGGAUGAUAUAUUUUUCUACACUUUCUUUUUGAUUUAAAAUUUUGUUUUUAAUCGUGUGUUUUGAUAAAAAUGGUUUAGAGAAAAUCCAUGUGUUUGAAAAAUAACGUUUUAAACCAUUUGUCUUUGUGAUUUUAAUAAAAUGUCUGGUAUCUGCCCUCAUACUGUGAUGGUGUUGGCCCAGCAUCGUCCGGGUUUGGCCAGUGUAGGCCGUCAUUGUAAAUAAAAAUGUGUUCUUAACUAACUUGCCUAGUUAAAUA